AUUGUAAUUGAGAAUUUGAUAAGAUUUUGAUUGUGCCCCAAAUACACGUGGCUGCGUCUCCGCCUUUCUUUCUUUCUUUGUUUGUGAUGGGGCUUGGUCGGCUCACCCAUGUAUCUACUUUUGUACUAAUUAACACUCCUCUUGCAUUGCAUAUAGUACUCUCAUACUCUAAGCUUUUCCAAUGUCAAUUCCAGUCUGCUUUUCUCCAAACUGUAAGAAAUCUCCUGUCUUCACAUCUACAUAAACAGGUAUAUAUAUACAUAUAUGAGAUCACAGCACACAAUCCGAAGAUGAUUCCAAAGGAGCAGGCGAAGCAAGAGAGCUCAUCAACAACAUGGUCGAGAUUGAAGGAUCCUCGGAUAGUCCGAGUGUCGCGAGCCAUGGGCGGCAAGGACCGCCACAGCAAGGUCUGCACGGUCCGAGGCUUGAGGGACCGGCGCGUGCGGCUCUCCGUCCCCACCGCCAUCCAGCUCUACGACCUCCAAGACAGAUUAGGCCUCAACCAGCCCAGCAAAGUCGUCGAUUGGCUGCUCGACGCCGCCAAGAACGAGAUCGAUGAGCUGCCCCCGCUGCAGAUCCCUCAAGGCAUCUGCUUCUCCCAAAUGCUCAAUCCCAACACUACUAACCAAAAACACCUGCUUUCUACUUCUACUUCUACACACAGAAGUGAAGAAGACGAAGAAGAAGAGGAAAAUCCUUCCUCAUUUGCAAGCCUCAUGAGCAGCAGCGCCUCCUAUGGGAGAUGGGAUCCUUCCAUUAGCCUCGGAUUGGCUGCUACUGCUCAUCAUCAACACGGAGAUUUCGUGUCUCACCAGCAUCAGCAUCAGCAUCAACAUCAGCACCAGCACCAGCACCAGCACCAGCACCAGCUGCUGGUGUAUCAAUCGGCGCAGCCUUAUUUCGUGCCUCAGAUCAAUGCAGCCUUCGACACCAAGCACCACCCGAGCUUCCACGGCUCAGACUUGUCGAGUUCUUCUCAUGUUAGACCCUUCGAUUUCAACACGACUGCGGAUCUUCUCACCUCGCAAAGCAGCGACGCGGACGACCAAAACAAGCCCAAUUUAGUGUGAUUUCAUGGCUUUCAUUCACGAUUUCUGAUUCCUAUAUCAGAUAUAUCUGGGAAUAUCAAAUAUCAAUUGGAGAAUUGUGGGGACAUGAGAUUGAAGUACACCUCGAGAGAAAUCCGUGAGCGCAAACGGCGACGGAAUUAGAGCUGGGACGAGGAAGAAUAGAGCCGACAAAGCCGGCUACGCAGGACCCCACGGCCGCGGCAGCCGGCUGUAGCUAAGGAGCAGUGGACCACGAGCACACCCGUGGCCGCGGGUGGUGACCGUGGCUAUGUCCGCCCGCGAUACAGAACGUUCUGGAUCAGCACCUACGGUUCGGGCCGCGGCCGCGGGCUUUCUCCCUUCCAGCCGCGUUCCCGGCCACGGUCACCACCGUGACUGUGGGAAAAAGGCGGGUUUCCUCCCAUUGGUGGGCCCAGACGUGAUUUUUAGACCUUAAACCCCUUUCCCCCCUCUUCCAACUACCAAAAUUGAAGAGCAUUGAAGAUGAGAGAAUGAAGAAAGCAACAUUGAAAUAUGAUUUGUCACUUUACUCUCUCUUUCAUUUAUGUAAUCUAGGUACGUUGAUGUUGAAUAUGUUAGGCUAAAAUUCCCCUUUAAUUUGGGGAUUAGGCUAUAUGGAUGAUGUAAUGAAUUGAUUAUGUUGCUCAAUAUAUGUCUUUGAUUAUUCCUUUGCCA